UAGAAGAGGCAAGUGUGGUGGACCAGGAAGUGGCAAUGAUUAGUAAGGGGGAAGUUAGAAAGGCAUUAAAGAGGAUGAAAAAUGGAAAGGCAGUUGGUCCUGACGACAUUCCUGUGGAGGUAUGGAAGCAUCUAGGAGAGGUGGCUGUGGAGUUUUUGACCAGCUUGUUCAACAGAAUUCUAGUGCGUGAGAAGAUGGUCAGGAAGUGAAGAAACGGGUCCAAGCAGGUUGGAACGGGUGGAGGAAGGUGUCGUGUGUGUUACGUGACAUCUGCUAGGAUGAAGGGCAAAGUUUAUAAAACAGUGGUGAGAAGGUUGAUGGAUGUCGUGAGGGAAGACAUGAGGGCAGUUGGUGUUCGAGAGGAGGAUGCAGGAGAUAGGCUUACAUGGGAAAGGAUGACGCGUGUGGCGACCCCUAAUGGGACAAGCCCAAAGGAAAAGAUUUAUUUACUUCCCUCCUCCCCGCACCCACAAACACACACACAAGAGCAUUCUGCUUUUCAGCGUAAGUUUGACAACAGUGAACAUCUUCGUCCUGAGCGGCAGGAACCAGAGCCCCCUCACAUCAAAGAGGAAGUGGAGCCCAUUUUGAUAAAAAAAGAGGAGGAAGACGCACGCCCCCACAUCAAACAGGAAGAGGAGGAUAUCACCAAGUCUCCAUCGACUGGUGUGCCUUUGAAGAGUGAAGAUGAAGGUCAAAGUGAGGAGAGCAGAGGGGCGGGGCCUCCAAGCAGCAGGUCAAGUCAACACAUGGCAACAGAAGGUGAUGGAGACCGCUGUGGAGGAUCACAAGCAGACGGCCACUUAGCGCCACUGUCAGAUAGUGACGACAUGACGUCACACUCUACUCACACUGAUGAAGAUGAUGAUGAUGAUGAACAGUCGGAAGGUGAUAUGACAUGUCACACUGACAAAAAACAAUGGAAAUGUUCUCAGUGUGGGAAAACAUUUGCUUAUAAGAGCAUUUUGAAACACCACGUGAGAACCCACACUGGUGAGAAACCUUUUUCCUGCUCAGAUUGCGGUCAAAGGUUCUCUCACAAGGGACACUUGACAAGCCACACAAGAACCCACACUGGUGAGAAGCCUUUUUCCUGCUCAGUUUGUGGUCAAAGAUUCUUUGUGAAGGGAAGCUUAAAAAUACACACAAAAAUUCACACUGGUGAGAAAAAAUUUUCCUGCUCAGUUUGUGGUAAAAGAUUCACUCAGAAGGGAUAUUUAAAAGUACACACGAGAACCCACACUGGUGAGAAACCUUUUUCCUGCUCAGUUUGUGGUCAAAGAUUCUCUGUGAAGGAAAGCUUAAAAAUACACACAAGAACACACACUGGUGAGAAACCUUUUUCCUGCUCCGUUUGUGGUCAAAGAUUCUCUGAAAAGGGAAGCUUAAAAAUACACACAAGAAUGCACACUGGUGAGAAACCCUUUGCCUGCUCAGUUUGUGGGCAAAGAUUCUCUGUGAAGGGAAGCUUAGAAAUACACACGAGAACCCACACUGGUGAGAAACCUUUUUCCUGCUCAGUUUGUGGUCAAAGAUUCACUCGGAAAGGAAACUUAAAAAUACACACAAGAACACACACUGGAGAGAAACCUUUUUCCUGCUCCGUUUGUGGUCAAAGAUUCUCUGUGAAGGGAAGCUUAAAAAUACACACAAGAACUCACACCGGUGAGAAACCUUUGUCCUGCUCAGUUUGUGGUCAAAGAUUCCCUCGGAAGGGAAACUUAACACAACACACAAGAACCCACACUGGUGAGAAACCUUUUUGCUGCUCAGUUUGUGGUCAAAGAUUCUCUCAAAAGGGAAACUUAAAAAUGCACACCAGAACGCACACUGGUAAGAAACCUUUUUCCUGCGCCGUUUGUGGUCAAAGAUUCUCCGUGAAGGGAAGCUUAAAAAUACACACAAGAACUCACACUGGUGAGAAACCUUUUUCCUGCUCCGAUUGUGGUCAACGUUUCUCUUAUAAGUAUCAGGCUAAGACACACAAGUGUGCUGGUGAGAACAGCAGUGAUCAAGAAGCUUUUAAUGAAAAUGUAAAUGUUUAAUAGUAGCCAGUAGUCAUUUUCUAAUCGUUUACUGAUGAAAUAUUUGAUUUUCAACCAGAUUUUGGCCCGUCCACAUUUUGGACAUCAGCCUGUCACAGCCUGACACAUAACGAGCAGGAGCCGAUUACAUUUGCUUAUUGAACUUUUGAAGGUGAGGAGAUUCCACCUGACAGAUACGAUAUAUAAAAUACAUACAGGAAAAAUACCUAAAAUGAACUUGUUUGUGAAAUAUGGACCAUGAAGACCCAUACUUCCUUUAAGCAAUGCAUGCAUUUGGUCAAAUGUUUUUCGUGAUGUCAAUAUCAAAUAAGUGAAUGAUUGACAGAAAUAGACUGUAAAGAAACUGACUUUUGGUGGUAAACUGUAAAGUGUAUAUGUGAUCCUUAAUAAACUACACCUCUUAAAAAGUGA